AGUCGAAAACAAAAACGAACUAAGGAACUAUCCAAAGCAUCGUCAUCCGAAAUCAAACUACCCAAAAUACCUAGAGCAACAAUGCCUGAAGAUUUCAAAAUAAGAACACGUCCUCUUUUUUCACUACCAGAAGAAAUCCUUAAAUUACCUCCACCGCCGAAAACUUCUAAAGUUCGAUCUAAAGCAACAACGGCGCCUCGAAAAAGAUCUAGUGUUAUGCAAAGCUUUACAGCGAUGAGGAAGGCUAGAGAGGAGUUCCGUGCUAAACUAAUGAAGCUCAUUUGUCAAUCCGCCCCCGGGGAGGACAGCGACGCAAUUCCUUCCGGGGACGAGAAGAAUAUGCUCCGUUACUAUUACUAUAUACGAUACGGUAUAGACACAAUCCACGUUGCUCCAUUGGAUAAUAAAAUAAUAUUACGUGUGCACAGUCUGAUACCUUUAAAAUUAAAAAAGUGGAAGGAAACUUUAUUUAGCAGUACAGACGAAAUGAGAGAAGAUUUCAUGAUGAGUAUGAAAAAGGCGAUCGUUGAUUUUGUACUAAAAGAUCCUAGCACGGAAGAAUCGCUGCAAGAAGAAGAAACGCCGCUGAUGCAAGAAUUGGCUAAAAAAGAUGACGCAUGGAGAAAUAGAUACAUCUUAGCACAAAAGUAUAAUACGAAAAAUCUGCACACUGUGAAUCCGUGUAUAGCACAAGUCUUACAAAUAUGGUGGAAACAGUUCAAUGACCUCCGCCUGAUCAGCAUGAAAGAUAUUAUGAUGACGCACGAGGCGUACGAGCUGCAGGACUUCAGCUUCGUAUGCAAGCGGCACAUUGACGCAGCAGGCAACGUGCUGACGCUGCAGUGGAUACCUACCGUGCAGGCUGUCUUCCUUCAGGGAAGCAAGAAGAAACAGAUACCGGAUGUAAAGCAAGCGUCAAGAGUGAAGCGGUUUUACAAUUGUCUCGCCGCCAUUAUGACAUACAAUUUGCAGACCUUGUGUUUGAAAUCAAUGAAAGAAUACACUGAAUACAUUAUGGACGUUGGGGGAAUGAACCAAGGUUUUAUAGUAAACCUGUCUUUCCAAAAUGAGGCAAUCGGUUUCGAGCCGUCAUUUAAGCAGUUUCGGGAACAGCUGUGCCUAUUGUACGAUUUCUUGAUCGACGCCUGUCGACAGACGCCUCGCUUGGAGACUAUUUUGUAUCAGGAUUUUGAUGUAACGUCGCGUUCAACGCUAAAACCAAUAAUAGACAGUGAGUUAGUUGACAAGUACAAAAAGAGUAUUGCCGAUUUGAUCGAUGAGCAGCGGAUCGGUCCUGAGCUGAGGAUCCAAGACUUUGAUAAUUACGUUUGCUUACUAAACGGGGAGUCCCUGGAUGAGGUCGAAGCAUUUAUCUAUGCUGACCCCGAGAAGACAUUCGAAGAAUUCUGCGCGGAGUCCAUCAAGUAUGUGGAGCUGGCUCGAGAGAUACCGUCCAAGCUAGAGGGCACAAUCGUCAUUGGCAUGUUCAUGAUGCAGCGCGGAGAUCUUAUCAACUCAUUACGUGGCGCCGCCACCAGACUCGCCAAUAUGGUGCUGAGGAAGAUGACAGAUGAUUACCAGACCAUGGUCAAAAACAUCUACGACGAAUACUCCCACAUCGCCAAUACUCUGCUGACACCGCCACCGGACACGGCCGCGCUGAUGGACCUCAUUGCAUACUACAAGAAGGUGGAGGAGACGAUGCUCGAUGAGAUGGAGGACAAACUGCGCACCGUCAUGAAGUACAUCAUCUUCCUCGGCGACUACACUUCCUUCACCCCGCUAGAGGUCAAGGCCAACAACCAGACCUUUCAUUGGUAUGCUCGUAUGCCUAGUGUUAUAGAAGAGAGCAAGGCAAUUUGUGAUCAAAAGAAGAUCGAGUAUCAGGACCUUUUAAAGGUUCGGAUUGCAAAAUUUAUCGAAGACCUGGAUAUGUAUGAACUGCAGUGUAAUGAGGUACAGUAUUGGGGCGAUAUCAAUGAACUACCCAAAUAUGUGUCGCGCGCGCGGCAUCUUGAUGAAAAGUUGUCUAAUGCCUUAGUUAAAAUAGAUCAAUUUAAUGAAGAAGAAACUUCUUUCGGAUGGGAAUUGUCGCAAUACCCAAAGAGAAAAGCUGUCUAUGAUCGAUUGGUUCCUUUUAAGAAAUUAUUUGACGCAGGAUACGAUUUUCUUCAAAAACAUUCCAAUUGGAUGCAGUCCAAGGUGGGUAGUUUUGAUCCUGAAGAAAUAGAAGGUGAUGUGAGUUACUAUUACAAAAUUGUAUACAAACUUGAAAAAUCAUUCCAAGAUGUUCCAGAUACUCACCAACUAGCUGUUUCCGUUAGGGAGAAAAUGGACGACUUCAAAACGCAUAUGCCAAUUAUUCAAACCUUAGGAAAUCCUGGUAUGAAAUUACGACAUUGGGAGAAAGUGUCUGAAAUUGUUGGGUUCCCCAUUGUCGUGGAUGAGGAAUUAUCAUUAGCAAAAGUUAUUGACUUCAACUUAGAUGAUUACAUUGAAAAGUUCGAAGGAAUCUCCGAAGCUGCGACAAAGGAAAAUAAUCUCGAGAAAGCUUUGGACAAGAUGAUGAAAGAAUGGGCUGAUCUUAAAUUUGAAAUAUUGUCAUACAAAGAUACUGGUACAUACAUUUUGUCCAGUGUUGAUGAAAUACAGCUGUUACUCGACGAUCAUAUUGUGAAAACGCAAACUAUGAAGAAUUCUCCAUACAUAAAACCAUUCGAAGAAACAAUCCAUGAUUGGGAAGGCAAACUUAUACUACUGCAGGAGAUACUUGACGAGUGGUUGAAAGUCCAAGCCACGUGGAUGUACUUGGAACCAAUCUUCUCCUCGCCCGAUAUCCAACAGCAAAUACCGGAAGAAGGUCGUCGGUUCAGUGCUGUUGACAAGAUGUGGCGAGAAAUAAUGAAAGCCGCAGCCACCGAGCCUCGAGUUCUCGACGUGAUCAUGAUAGAGAAGAUGUUGGACAGAUUGAAGAAAUCUAAUAAUCUACUAGAAAUGGUGCAGAGAGGUCUGAACGCAUACCUCGAGAAGAAGCGCUUGUAUUUCCCAAGAUUCUUCUUCUUGUCCAACGACGAGUUGCUGGAAAUUUUAUCCGAAACAAAGGAUCCAAUGCGAGUGCAACCUCAUUUGAAGAAGUGUUUCGAGGGUAUUGCGAAGCUUACUUUUACGGACGACAUGGUGGUGACACACAUGAGGUCUUCGGAAGGGGAGAUCGUGCUGCUCACGAUGACUAUAAAUACCGCAGCCGCUAGAGGACAAGUGGAGAAAUGGCUCCUGGAGCUAGAGGUUUCAAUGAAGUCCUCAGUGCACCACGUCGUGCACAUCUCGUAUGACGACUACUCGCAACGGCCGCGAGAGGACUGGGUGCUCGUGUGGCCCGGCCAGGCGGUGCAAUGCAUUGCAAUGACGUUCUGGACGUCAGAGGUGACGGAGGCGAUUCACAUCAGUAUUCGCGCUAUGCGAGCCUACUGGGACAAGUGCAACUAUCAGAUCUCAAAGAUUGUCGACUUGGUGCGAGGCGAGCUAAGCUUGCAGAACAGGAUCACUUUAGGUGCUUUGGUUGUACUCGACGUACACGCUCGCGAUGUUUUGAUGCUACUCAUCGAGUUCAAGGUGCAGCAAGACAACGACUUUAACUGGCUGUCGCAAAUAAGAUACUACUGGGAGGAGCAAGAGGAGAGUGGCUACCAGAUAGUGACGCGGAUGAUCAACUCGCAGUUGAUGUACGGCUACGAGUACCUGGGUAACACGGGCCGUCUUGUGGUCACACCGCUCACCGACCGCUGCUUCAGAACACUCUUUGGAGCCUUGCAUCUUAAUUUAGGUGGUGCCCCUGAAGGGCCUGCGGGUACAGGUAAAACAGAGACCACUAAAGACUUGGCCAAAGCUGUGGCGAAACAAUGUGUGGUAUUCAACUGUUCCGAUGGACUCGACUAUAUUGCUCUCGGAAAAUUCUUCAAGGGUCUGGCUUCUUGCGGCGCGUGGUCAUGUUUCGACGAGUUCAACCGAAUCGACUUGGAGGUGUUGUCGGUGGUGGCGCAGCAGAUCCUGUCCAUCCAGCGCGGUAUUAACUCGGGCGCAACCGAGCUGCUGUUCGAAGGCACGCUAUUGCAGCUAGACAAGUCCUGUGCCGUCUUCAUCACCAUGAAUCCAGGCUACGCGGGGAGAUCAGAGCUGCCUGAUAAUUUGAAGGCGUUAUUCCGCUCUGUGGCAAUGAUGGUGCCGGAUUAUGUGCUCAUCUCUGAGAUUGAGCUGUACGCUUUUGGCUAUCUCAACGCCAAGCCGCUUGCAGUCAAAAUUGUCGCUACCUACAAGUUGUGCUCCGAGCAACUGUCUUCGCAGAGUCAUUACGAUUAUGGUAUGCGUGCGGUGAAGUCUGUGUUGCGCGCGGCGGGAGCGCUGAAGCUACGCUAUCCAGACGAAGUUGAAGACGUGAUCCUCCUGCGGUCCAUCAAGGAUGUCAAUCUGCCUAAGUUCCUCGAGCACGACGUGCCACUCUUUAUGGGAAUCAUCGGAGAUUUAUUCCCUGGCUUGCCGCUGCCUCUUGCAGGUCUACCGCAUCUAGUUACUUGUCUUAAAGAAGUUUGUGUAAAUAUCAACUUAGUAGCAAAUGAGUUCUUUGUAGAAAAGGUUCUUCAAUUGUAUGAGAUGAUCCUGGUGCGUCACGGUCUCAUGCUUGUCGGACUACCGUUUGCAGGCAAAACUAAAUGCUACCACGCCCUAGGCGGUGCGUUGGCUAUGGUUUCCGAAAAGGGUCUGAUGGCAGAGAACGCCGUGGAAUGGACGGUGAUCAAUCCCAAGUCUAUAACAAUGGGUCAGUUGUACGGUCAGUUCGACCCGGUUUCACACGAGUGGUCCGAUGGUAUUUUGGCCGUCAGUUACAGGGCAUUUGCUGUCUCGCCUAAUGAUAAUAGAAAAUGGUUGGUAUUCGACGGGCCAGUUGACGCAAUAUGGAUAGAGAACUUGAACACGGUACUGGACGAUAACAAGAAGCUGUGCCUGAUGAGCGGCGAGAUCAUACAGCUCGCGCCCACCACCAACCUCAUAUUCGAACCAAUGGAUCUUGAGGCCGCUUCGCCUGCAACUGUAUCACGAUGCGGAAUGAUCUACAUGGAGCCGAAAGGCCUGGGCUGGAAAUGCUUAAUGGAGUCGUGGCUGAACACGCUUCCGCCGGCUCUGCACAGCGUCAAUCGAAGCCUCAUAAGGAACCUAUUUAACCGCUUUAUGUCCCCGCUCUUAUGGCUCGUCGAAUAUUCUGGACAAGUUAAGCAAAUGUAUGUCACUUCUCGAACCAAUCUGGUCAAGUCUUGCAUGAACCUUUUCGAUACUUUUAUGGACGAUUUCUAUGACGAGAAGUAUGUAGAACAGCUAUCGGAUCUUGAUGUUAGAGCACAAUUGGAGGGAGUUUUCUUCUUUUCUUGUAUCUGGUCGAUCGGAGCAACUUUGGAAGGUAGCGGCAGACCAAAAUUUGAUAUGUUAUUCCGUGGUUUGUUGGAAAAAGAAUUCCCAGAAAAGGUAAUUGAAGUGUUGCAAAUACCUAAAGAGAUUUCCAAGCCUGAUAAGCAGUACAUAUUCACUAUACCCAAAGAUGGACUCGUGUAUGAUUAUAGAUUUAUUAAAGAGGGCAAAGGCAAAUGGAAACCAUUCCAAGACGAUGUAGUAGCAGCGCCACCGAUCAGUCGGGACACGCCGCCCAAUCAGAUUUUAGUGACGACCCUGGACAGUGUGCGGUAUCUGGCUCUCUUCAAACUCUUCGUAACCCACCACAAGCCGGUCAUGAUGGUCGGUCCCACAGGCACUGGGAAGUCUUCUUACAUUAUUGACUAUCUCGUGAAAAGAGUCGAUACAAAAGUAUUCAAGGCCCUUAUCAUGGCGUUUUCUGCACAAACCAACUGUAAUCAAACACAAGAUAUCAUUAUGGGAAAAUUAGAUAAAAGAAGAAAAGGUGUGUACGGGCCUCCGAUCGGUUGCUACAGCGUGGUGUUCGUGGACGACGUGAGCAUGCCCCAGGCGGAGACAUACGGAGCUCAGCCACCAAUAGAGGUGCUCCGGCAGGGCAUCGACCUCGGACUUUGGUACAAUCGCAAGACCAACGACGCCAUGCAUCUCAUUGAUGUACAGUUCAUGUGCGCGAUGGGCAAGCCGACAGCCGGCGCGAAAGUGAUCACGCCGCGCUUUACUCGUCACUUCUCCUUCUUGUGCAUUGACGAGUUCGAGGACGACACAUUGCAGGUCAUCUUCAGCAGAAUAAUGCUCUGGCAUCUCGAUACAAGAGGCUUCUCAAAAGACUUUGACCCAUGCAUUGAUGAGUUGGUCGCCGGCACCUUAGAAGUGUACAAGCAGUGCCGCCUGAACCUGCUGCCUACACCAUCCAAGUCACAUUACACCUUCAACCUGAGAGACUUCUCGAAGGUCAUCUUGGGCGUGCUUCUAUCCGUUCCAGAAGUGACUCCAGACCUGCAGUCCAUAAAGCGCCUGUGGGUGCACGAAUGCUUGCGCGUGUUCUCUGAUCGGCUGAUUGAGGACGCGGACCGGCAGUGGCUGGUGACCUGCCUGCGCUCCGCCACCGCCCUACAUCUCAACGAUGACUUCGAUAGGAUGCUCUCGAGGCUACUAGAAGGAAAUAAUAAAACUAUCACCGAUCAAGAUUUACGAAAGUUGAUCUACUGUGAUUUUGCCAAUCCUAAAGUUGAUACGCGCUUCUACAUGGAAACUACAAAUAUGGAGCACUUGAACUCGACUGUUGAAGCUUUUCUUGUUGAAUUUAAUAACAUGUCAAAGAAGCCAAUGAAUCUUGUAUUGUUUCGGUUUGCGAUCGAGCACGUGUCUCGCAUCUGCCGCGUGCUGACCCAGCCGCGUUCGCACGCGCUGCUGGUGGGGCUCGGCGGCUCCGGCCGGCAGUCCCUCACUAGGCUGGCCGCGCACAUCAAUGAAUAUGAUCUGUUCCAAGUUGAAAUGAGUCGUACAUAUGGAAAGAACGAAUGGCGCGAAGAUUUGAAGACAUUGUUGAAGAAGUCCAGCACACCAGAGUUACAUAUGGUGUUCCUAUUUAUUGAAUCACAGAUUAAAGAAGAAGGUUUUCUUGAAGAUGUUAACAAUAUGCUUAACUCCGGUGAAGUACCCAAUAUCUUUGUUGCUGAUGAAAAAGCUGAACUUUGUGAAAAAAUGAGAGUGAUUGAUCGUCAACGUGACAAGUCCCUACAAACUGAUGGCAGCCCGACGGCGCUGUACGCGUACUUCGUUUCGAUCGUGCGCGAUCAGCUGCACAUCGUACUGGCUAUGUCGCCCGCGGGCACUGCGCUCCGCACGCGCAUUCGCAAGUUCCCUUCUCUCGUUAACUGCUGCACCAUCGACUGGUUCCAGGAGUGGCCACCGGACGCUCUGCUAGCCGUAGCUAAGCGUUUCCUAAAGGACAUCGAGCUGACGGAGUUGGAGCGCGAGACGGCGAUCAAGCUGUGCCAGAUGUUUCACACGGACACGCAGGAACUCACUCGACAGUUCCUGCUGCGUCUCAAGAGAUACAACUAUGUCACGCCCACCGCAUACCUCGAGCUUAUAAAUAUGUUCAAAUCAUUGCUAGAUAAAAAACGAAAGGAGUUGUUAUCAAAUGAGAAACGUUACAUCACCGGACUUGAUCAACUUGCCAUCGCGGCUAAGUCGGUCGCUGCACUGCAAGAGGCAUUAGAGAUCCUGCAACCAAAGCUAGCAGCCGGUGCUGCAGCUGUGGCUGAGACUACCGCCAAGGUGGAGAAAGAAAAAGAAGGCGUGGCUUUGGUGGAAGCUGAAGUCUUAGUAGACCAGGCAGCUGCUGAGGAACAGGCUAAAGAAGCGCAAGGUAUCAAAGACGAGUGCGACGCUGAUCUGGCAGAAGCAAUGCCCAUACUGAACGCUGCGCUGGCAGCUCUCGACACGCUCACUCCUCAAGAUAUUACCUUCAUUAAGACAAUGAAGAGUCCUCCGAGAGGAAUUAAACUUGUGAUGGAAGCUAUCUGUAUAUUAAAGGAAGUGAAACCAGAUAAAGUCCCGAAUCCGUCAGGCGUUGGAACAAUAGAGGACUAUUGGGGACCGUCGAAGAAGUUACUGAAUGACAUCAAAUUCCUAGAAUCGCUGCAGAACUAUGACAAAGACAAUAUUCCUCCACCAGUCAUGAAGAAGCUCAUGGCUACUGUGAUGCAAGACGAUGGGUUCGUGCCAGAGAAGAUUAAGACUGUGUCCGUAGCGGCGGAAGGCAUGUGUAAAUGGGUGAUUGCAAUGACGAAGUACGACAAGGUGGCCAAAAUUGUGGCUCCGAAGAAGCAACGUUUGGCGGCGGCACAAGCGGUCUACGACAAGGCUAUGGCGGCCUUAGCGAUCAAACAGGCACAGCUCAAAGAGGUACAAUUGAAACUAGGAAAACUUGAAGAUAUGUUAGCAGAACAGAGUCGACAACAGAAAGUAUUGGACGAUGAAGUGAUGGACUGCAGUAAUAAAUUGAAACGCGCCGAAAUGUUGAUCUCCGGCCUGGGUGGAGAGAAGACGAGGUGGACUCAGAUAGCGAAGACAUUGAGAGAUACCUACAAUUCACUUACUGGCGAUAUAUUAAUUGCGGCUGGUGUCAUUGCUUAUCUUGGGCCAUUUACAGCUGCGUUUAGAAACUCGCAGGUAAUAGCGUGGGCGAAGGCAUGCGACGAGUGCGGCAUUGUGUGCACUUUGCAGUACAGCGUGGCGCGCGUGCUGGGCGAGCCCGUCACUAUCCAGCAGUGGAACAUUGACGGCUUGCCAGACGACGACUUCAGCUGCGAGAGCGCCAUCAUUAUCAUGACGGCUCGUCGAUGGCCUCUCAUGAUCGAUCCACAAGGACAAGCCAACAGAUGGAUCAAGAACAUGGAAAAGCCAAAUAACUUGUGUGUGGUUAGAAUGACCCAAGCGGAUCUCAGCCGCGUCUUAGAAAAUGCUGUACAAUUUGGCCAACCGGUGUUGCUAGAGAACGUGCUGGAGGAGCUGGACCCGAUGCUGGAGCCGCUGCUGCAGCAGCAGACAUUCCGGCAGGGCGGCGCGCUUUGCAUCAAGAUCGGGGACUCCAUCGUUGAAUAUAGCAAAGACUUUAAGUUAUACAUCAGCACGAAACUAGCCAACCCUCAUUACCUGCCAGAAGUAGGAGUCCGAGUGACUCUAGUGAACUUUAUGCUUGCCAAGGACGGUCUGCAGGCGCAGCUGUUGGCCCGAGUGGUGGCCAGGGAGAGGCCUGACCUCCAGCAGGCCAAGUCUGACCUCACCACGCAGGGGGCUGAGCACAGGCGAUUGCUACAGGAUAUAGAAAAGAAGAUUCUCACUGUACUCUCUACUUCGGAACAUUUGCUAGAAGACGAAGAAGCGGUGCAGAUUUUAAACUCAGCCAAAGACAUGUCGAAUGAAAUUAAGGAGAAGCAAGAAGUGGCCAUGAUCACGGAGAAAGCCAUCGACGCUGCUAGAAAUGACUACGUGCCCAUCGCUGUGCAUUCGACAAACUUGUUCUUCCUGAUUGCUUCAUUGGCGAACAUUGAUCCCAUGUACCAGUACUCUCUGGGCUGGUUCGAGGGCCUGUUCACCGCGGCCAUUGACAACACGGAUAAAGUUGAUGAUAUCAACGAACGACUGGCCAUACUGCGAGCCUACUUUACUUACUCUCUCUAUAAUAAUAUUUGUAGGAGUUUAUUUGAAAAGGACAAAACAGUAUUUUCAUUGCUACUAACUAUGACGAUAAUGGUGGCGGAGGGUCGGCUGCAGCAGGGCGACGUGUUGUUCCUGCUGGGCGGCGCGCAGCCGCGCCACGUGCCGCCCAACCCGGUGCAGUUCCUCAGCCCGCAGGCGUGGGCGGAGCUAAACGGGUUAAGUGAAUUCGACAAGUUCAAGAAUAUAGUAACACACUUCUCGAGUAACAUUCCGAAGUGGGAGGCCUACUGCAACACCCUCGACCCUCACAACCAGCCACUGCCGGAGCCUUGGAACACAAAUCUUGAUAGUUUUGAGAAAUUAAUGGUUCUACGCUGCAUGCGUAUGGAUAUGAUGGUACCCGGUGUGCAGAACUUUGUUGAAGGUCAACUGGGAAAGCAGUUCAUCGAGCCGCCGCUGUUUGACCUGGCCUCCUCGUACUCGGACUCGCACUGCUGCAUCCCGCUGCUGUUCGUGCUCACGCCCGGCUCUGACCCCAUGGGCACGCUGCUCAAAUUUGCUGAUGAUCAGGGUUUCGGUUCAUCUCGACUGUUCUCGUUGUCGCUGGGGCAAGGUCAGGGCCCGAUCGCGGUGAAGCUGAUCGACGAAGGCGUGCGCAGCGGCACCUGGGUUGUGCUGCAGAACUGCCAUCUCGCGAAGAGCUGGAUGCCAAUGCUUGAAAAGAUUUGCGAAGGUUUGACACCGGACUCGACACAUCCAGAUUUCCGCCUGUGGCUGACCUCGUACCCGGCGGACCACUUCCCCGUCUACGUCCUGCAGAACGGUGUCAAAAUGACCAACGAACCUCCUCAAGGUCUCCGCGCGAACAUAGCGCGCUCGUACCAGAGCGACCCGAUCAAUGAGGCGGAGUGGUUUGAGGGCAACAAGCAGUCGGAGGUGUUCAAGAAGCUGUUGUUCGCGCUGUGCUUCUUCCACGCGGUGAUCCAGGAGCGCCGCCAGUUCGGUCCGCUCGGCUGGAACAUUCGCUACGAGUUCAACGAGACCGAUCUCAAGAUCAGCGUCACGCAGCUGUACAUGUUCCUCAACGAGUACGAUGAUAUUCAAUUUGUGGCUCUGCGCUACCUGACCGGCGAGUGCAACUACGGCGGCCGCGUUACCGACGACUGGGACCGGCGCUGUCUCAACACCAUACUCUUCAAGUUCUACAAUCCCCGGGCUGUUGAAGAAAACAAAUACCCACUGGAUCCCUCGGGCGUGUACUACAUCCCGACUCUGAAGGAGCACGCAGAUUUCAUUGCGUUCGCGAGGUCGCUGCCGGCCGCGACACCGCCCUCCGUCUUCGGCUUCCACGCAAACGCCGAUAUCACCAAGCACUUCCGCGAGGCCGAGGAGUUGCUCGACACAGCCAUACUCACACAGGACACUAUGUCAGCUGGUGGCGCGGGUGCGACGCCGGAACAACAAGCAAUGGCGGUAGCGGAGGACGUGCUGGCGCGUCUGCCCGCCUCCAUCCUAUCGGGCCCCUCACAUGAGGGCAAUGUCAAGCCCGCUGACAUGACGCCAAUGUCCAUCGUGGUGAUACAGGAGGCGGCGAGGUACGAAAGGCUCGUUCAAGUCGUCAGGAGCAGCUCGAGAGCCGUUAUCGGAGCUAUACAAGGUGUAAGUGUAUUGAACGACAUAACGGAGGAGGUGUUGACGAGCAUGGUGCGCGGGCGCAUCCCCGCGCUCUGGGCCGGCAAGAGCUACCCCUCGCUCAAGCCACUUGGCGCAUACUUCAAUGACCUGCUCGAAAGGCUCGCCUUUUUACAGCACUGGCACCAGUACGGGCCGCCGGUGGUGUUCUGGUUGUCGGGCUUCUACUUCCCGCAGGCAUUUCUCACCGCCGCCCAGCAGAGCUACGCCAGAAAGUACAAGAUACCCAUCGAUCAGCUUGACUUUCAUUUUGAAGUGCAGCGCACGUUCGAGCUGGAGAAGCCGCCAGAAGAGGGAGUGUACAUCCGCGGUCUGUUCAUGGAGGGCGCGCGCUGGAACAAUGACAAGUACUGUGUUGACGAGUCUCUGGCCAAGGUGCUCUACGACGUCUUCCCGCCCGUAUGGUUGAUACCGCUGAAGCGGGAGGACAUACCGAAGGACGUGUUCUACAACUGUCCGCUGUAUAAGACGGGCGACAGGCGCGGCGUACUGUCCACCACUGGCCACUCCACCAACUACAUCCUCUUCAUGCGGCUGCCCACGGGCGAGGACCCCAGCCACUGGAUCAUGCGGGGCGUCGCUCUCCUCACACAGUUGCCUUUCUAA